ACGUAAUCAUUUACAAUGCUGAAGGGGGUAGGGAAGGUGUUCUCUUCCAGCAUUCAUUGUGUUAUUACCUUUGUCUUGCAGACUCCUAUUGUCACUCUCUCCGGGCACAAUGAACCCAUCUCCUCGGUGCUUUGGUCUGAGGCAGAUGAGGUCUGCAGCGCAUCCUGGGAUCACACUAUCAAGGUGUGGGACGUUGAAUCUGGGGAAGCCAAAACCACUUUGACGGGAAACAAGGUAUUUAACUCUAUAUCAUACUCCCCAUUAUGCAAACGCCUUGCAUCUGGAAGCACAGACAGACAUAUUCGUUUAUGGGAUCCAAGGACGAAAGAUGGAUCUCUGGUUCUGCUGUCACUGACGUCACACACCGGCUGGGUCACCGCAGUACAGUGGUCGCCUUCUAAUGACCAACAACUUGUCUCUGGCUCUCUUGACAACAUAGUGAAACUCUGGGACACCAGAAGCUGUAAGGCUCCUCUCUACGAUUUAGCUGCACAUGAGGAUAAAGUUCUUGCUGUUGACUGGACAGAACCCGGGCUGAUCCUGAGUGGAGGAGCGGACAACAAAUUGUAUUCAUACAGAUACACAGCGCCGCCUUCAGACGCGGGAGCGUGAAGAGCCACAUCCAAAUAGUCCCUUAAUUUUAUCACCGCUGCCGGACCUAUUGCAAAUCAAACUGUUUUGAAACCUGGGGCCAAAUGUAAUAGAGGGAGAGUGUCAGGAAGUGAGAGAGUUGGUAAGUGGCCAUCACUCACACUGCAGAACCAGGCUGAUCUCGCUGCCACUUACCUCUCCCUCUAUUAGAUCACAUUUGGCCCCUGGUCUGUUUUAUUAGUAAAUUGUGUUUAUACAGAA